UCGAGGUUGAAUCUCUACGCGUCUCUCGUCCCGUUUAGCACGAUUUUUUUUCACGCGUUGCUCGCGUUACGUAGCGCGGUAAACCGCACUAUCGGUUCCACUUCACGGUAUCCGAGCGUAAAAUCACGCCGCGGUGAAGUUUUGUUUCCAGCUCGUUCUUCGUUACAUCGUUCGUAAUCGCGCGCUCCUAUCCUCCUCGUUUCGUACAAGCUCGUUUCAUCGCGUCGUGCGCGUUUACUCGUUCUCUCUCUCUCUCUCUGUCUCUCUCUCUCUUCCCUUCAGGUCAAUUAGCGUGCAGCCCGGUUUAAUGAUCUUUCGAACGUCAUUAAACUGGCGCUCGGUCGGGGUGCACUCGAGGCGUGAACUUCGACGGGCAAGCUCGGCGUCAAGUAGCUGGAAAAUGAUACGUUCGGCACGACGGCGACAACGUAACUUCGAUGGUCGUUAAAGUACGACGACAAGUUCUCGGCGGGAUGUCAACAUCAUCGCGUCUGUCUCUGCUGUCCAACGCAGCGAUCUUAUAGUCUACGAAGCGAAAUGUCGCGACAGCACGAGAAGCGGGAACGAGGCAGCCCUUAAAGGAACCGAAUCAUCCAUAAUCCCGAAACCGAGAGCCACCGUUCGGUUCAUCCCUUCUAACCGGGGAUACUAACGGCACGGGACAGCUCAAAUUCCUCAAAGGAGCUGGUUAACCAUCCCGACGAUCUUCCAGGAGGACACACCGAUAUACAAGGACGUGGUUACGCGUUAUCUGUGUACACGUGCGCGCAGCUGGACGAACCAGGAAGGAAGUUGAAGCGGAUAGGGUUGGCCGAGCUGAAGGCAGCGAGCUUUAACUCGCUCGCCUAAAGACACAGUUGUCGAGCUUGUUGGCCGAGCUUACCGCAAACCAGCAUUCCACAAACUUGCGCAAUAUCCACAAACCCGUGUAGCCGCGAAAUUCUUUGGCAAAUCUUCGUGUUUGCCGAGACGCAACGCGUCCCGGGUGCUGCCGCAUCGCGCUCGUAACAGUUACACGGGAGACGAACCUGCGUCCUCGAGGUGCAGCCGAGUGAGAAAAAUGCACCGCUGAAAAGAGGCUCGACGAGGAACGGUGCUGUCUUCCGUUUAACGUCGACGUCGACGGGUUUGGAACAGUUGAGACGGUUGGGAAACGAGCAGCCGGAGAAAGUAGACGAGACGAGGGUGUCCCGUUUAAGGCAGAAUAUUAGUCGUGUCGUUUAAACGGUCCUCGUGUUUCGCCAGCCUUGAAUCGGCAUCGUAAUAUCCCGUGACGUUUUUACAUAGUCUGUCCAUAGAAGUUUUGCAAGCUCGCGUGAACCCUUCUCUAUCACGCGCUGACAUUUUUUUUCCAAUUAAAAACCGACCGGCGGAGGACAAUGCGAUUCGACUGACGACGGUCGUUCUUACGAGACUCGAAAGCAGGAUUCGUUAUCCGCGUUGAUGCGGACAGCUUGAGCGACGUUUUUGUUUAAAACCGACCGUCCCCGAAAGCGCAGGAAUUCGAACGGUGACAUUAAUGUUAUAUGUUCAGUCGGCGAGCUUUAAGCUCGGCAAAGAAAGCGCAAACUUUCCGCACGAUUGCGCGAAUAUCAAACGGGAGGAAAGCAGGAAGAAGCUGCGGUGCUCGUGUAAAGGAACGGAACGGUGGAUAUUUCCCGGCCGGUAUCUCUGCUCGCUGUCGGCUAAAAAAAGGAAGAGAGAAAGCAACGGAGAUUUCUGUAGAAGCGUGGUUUGACUGUGCGGAACAGUAGCGACGGCUACGUUGAAAGCCACUCGACGGAAAGAACCGGGACGUUGGCUUCCAUGGCCUACAGCAUCCUGUAUUUCUGAUAACGUACAGAACUCGACUAACGUACCGCCAGGAACAUCCGUGAAACGAGGCUGAAUGAGACGGCGCGUCGGCGGGCAAGAAACUGCUAUUAACUUCACCGCCAAAGGAUAUCGUCGACCGACUCGUCUUGCAAACUUCAACAAUAUCCCCCUUGAACAGCAAACCUAUUACGCGACGCGUUUCGACACGUGUAUCUUCCUGGGUUUGUUCCCGUGUACGCAUCCGCAGGAAAAGCAGCAACUCGUCCCGUUGCCUGUUACGUUUCCAGAGGUAUAAUCUAUAGACUAGGUCGAACAAUAGAGGCUUCGACGUCUCGAACGAAGCAACUUGCCAGAACCAAAGCCAUCCUACGAUGCACUCCCGUUCACCUUUCGGGAUCUCGAUAAAGGAUCGGGGAAACUAGGUUUCAUCGUGGUCGUUCGCGAGCCAGCCUCGUUUCACGACGAACAGGGAACGACCCUCUAUAACUGUAUACCAGUCGUUAACGAUAGGACGUAUUUCGUGGCCAAACGAUUCGACCCGGAUGCGAGCAAUGACGUAAACUCGGCCAAUAAUCUAACGGCUGGAUUGAUCUGUUUAACGCCUGAUACAGAGUUGAUACUGGAUUCUGUUCGUUUCCCAACGCAACUGUGGAAAGUUUUCUCUUUCGCCCCGGCGGCGUUAAUCAAUCGGCGAGAACCGAGCGACAGAAACAAUCGCGCCAGACGAAUGGGAAUGCGAUGAGAGGUUCCUUGUCUUUCGGAAAUAUCGAGCAUCGGUAGCUCGUGUCGGAUGGAUCGAGUUUCUUGCCGCGUCAUCGACAAGUGGCAGCUCUCUCUUCGGGAAAGCUUUCAAUCUGUGGAUUGAACCCGAAGCCCGGGUUCUAACGGUGCUCGUCGGGUUACGUUAAAUCCGAGAACGCCGGUGAAUGAGGCCAGGCGACGACGAGGUGGCAAUUGGCGGCAAGCUGUGGCAACCGCCAGGCAGAAAAAUAUGGUACACGGGACCGCGGGUCUGUGGCACGACGCGGGAUUCAACGUAUCACGGUGGCUGAUGAUCAUAAUACACGGAUACAGGGCUACCACCCUUCUCUUAUCCAUCCUCCUUAACGUGAUGGUGCGAACUGAGUAUCCCACGGCGGUUACGGCGGAAAUAGUGGCGGUUAACGAGAACUCCCUUGAAACAGGCAUCACCGGGAAAUCGUUAGACAUCGAUCUGCCACCCACGUUGCCGAUGAGCUUCGGGACUGAAAAUUCCACGAUGAUCUCGGCCCAAUCCGGAUCCAUAGCGUUGCUGCCCUGCGUCGUCCAUAAUCUAGGGGACGGAGUGGUGUCGUGGAUCAAACGGAAGAACGUUCAGGAGCUACUGACCAUCGGGAGGAUAGCGUACGCCUACGACGAACGUUUCCAGCCAAUUCAUUUCCAUCACAGCGAGGAUUGGACUCUUCAAAUAAAAUACGUCCAGCCGAGAGAUGCCGGAUUGUACGAGUGCCAAGUAUCCACCCACCCACCUACCAGUAUAUUUCUGUUCCUCGAGGUUGUUGAGGCCAGAGCCGAGAUAGACGGUCCCUCGGAGAAGUUCGUGAGGCCGGGCAGCACGUUGCAGCUUCAUUGCGAGGUGAAAAAAUCGACCGAGACGCCCUCCUAUCUAUUCUGGUACCACAACUUCCGGAUGAUCAGCUUCGACGGGGAUCGAGGGGUCAAUGUCAGCACCGAUCUGACGGGGCGCGAGAGUUGGCUGGAGGUGCCCCGUGCGUCCGAUCGCCAUUCCGGAAAUUACACCUGCGAGGCGAGCAACGCUCAACCUGCCCGUGUGUUGGUGCACGUGUUCAAAGGAGAUAAUCCGGCCGCGAUGCAGCACAGCAUCGCGUCAUCGCCAUCUAUCAUGGCGUGCAGUGCGCUACUGAUGAUGUUUACCACGUUGAAACUGGUGUUGCAUUCGACCACCACGAACUGACCAUCGUGUAACACCGUCGCUUGUCAAUCAGGGACAAAAGUAUAAAAAAUGGAAUAUCCACAGGUUGUGAUGAUUCAUUUUUUUUUUUCUCUAUUUCUUUCUUUCUUUCUUUCAAGAAAAAGUGUUACGCUGUUGGAAGACUCUAGUUGGACCUGUGAAUGCAUCUUCGAAAGGUAAAAGAAAGGUAAAAAAUGAGGUUCAUUCGGAUUAACGAGACUCUGAGCUGCAGACUCGGGGAUAAAAAGGAAUCGUGCAAAUAGGGAUGUCAGGGGACUGUAAUGGUGUCCUGGGUUCGAUUCCCAGCGCCGCGAUCCUUAUUUUUUACGGAUUCCUAUAAAAGUGUAAGUCGUAUACAUUUCCCCGUGUAACGAACUAUGCUUGUGUAAAUAGCGUUAACGAUGCUCAAGCAACUAAACCCGCGUAUGUAGUAGCACCGCGUGGGUAACGAAGUGGUCGCAUGUAUCUGGAAAAAUGAUUUCGUGUUCGGUGCAGAAACAUUUUGAAAAGGGGGCUCGAAAUCGGACUGGGUACAAGGGGUAGGUUACACGACGAGCACGAGCUAGAAUUUCACGGGACACCACCCGCUCUAUUAACCGUUGUGAUACGUGUAAAUGUAAGCUGUGUGUACUAUCGCGAUCAUAGAAGCGUAAUUGUGUAAUCUGUCUGCGACGAGUGGCACGAUUAAUGGCGAUAAUCCUGUCGCGAACCGACGCAUUUUGCCGACCGAAACUUUCCAAACAGUGUUCCACCUCGUGGCGAUAACUUUAUUCGGUCGCGGUAUUAACUUCCUCUCUUCCCCUCGUGGUAGCACUCUGAAAAUUUGUUACGUUAAUGGCAACGACCCACGAGAGAUCGCGGCUGUCGACCAACCGGUUCCGUAACUUUGUCCGGGGAAAAGAAAGAAAAGUGAAAAGUACGCGAUGUCGUGAUAGAGUUCCGAUGGUGGAACCAUCGGAUAUCCGAUUUAAAACGGACAAACUUAACCGCGAUCUAAUCGAAUAUCAGAAUAUUCGGCCUACGUACAGGUGCGCGUAAUUAAUCGUGAUAAUCCCGGCGUAAUGCAGCACAGCCUAAUGACAUUAUCUUCUAUUGCCUUGCUACGCACGGACGACCUUGCUCAUAAUGUCCAAAUUAGUUCUAUCUGACGUCCACAAAAUGACCGUGCUCAGGUGUUACACGUAUGUAGAGAAGAACCGACGCGACGUUUACGAGGAACACCGAGGUUUCCUGGAAAAUAACGAUGCCAUUGGUGAACAUGUUUCACGUUAGAAUAUCCACAGGAAUUAUGUGAUAAUAUUUGUGUUAAUGGAUCGUGGUAGGAGGGAUCUCGUUAACGUCGAAUUGUGCCAAUCGUGUGUCAUUUUCGUUUUGUUAGGUUCAAUUUUAUUGUACAUAUAUUUCCUGACGUCGGUUAAUUGUUGUUCGUAAAUCACAAGGGGUGGUUGAAUUAUUGAUACAAAUUGUGCGGGUUGCCAUAUUUCUCGAUAAUCAGUAUUUAUGGUAGAUUAAAAAAUUUAGUUACUUCUCUGAAAAUAAUUAUUUAUGAACAUUUCUUCUGAACCUUUUAUCUUCGUUGGUGGAUAAUAUCCAUCGAGAGGUGAUGUAAAAUGUAACACCAUAUUUUCAUUAAAUGUUCUAUUAACCCGCGCGAUUUAUACCUAUGAUUCAGCGAUUCCUGUAUAUUAUAAAUCCAUUAAAGGGACGCGUUUCUGUUUUUCCAACGAAGAAUGGGAACGAUUUUCUGGACCACGAUGUUUCGCAACGUUAAUAUUACAGCAUGUUAUCAAAACCCCAUUAUCAUCCAAGUAGUUGUUCCACUUGUCCAUACACGUUGUCAACGAGGAUAAUCCAAUUGCAAAGAUAAUAAAUCGUAUUACGAGCGAUGUACCGAAUCUCGAUACGAUCGGAUAAAAGAUUAUCGUAAGCUGCAUCGAAGAUGGUACAUCGACUCGGUAACAAUUCUUCAGAAGGAAUCUUCAGAUCGGUCGAUUUCUUCCGAUCGGGAAAAGGAAAUAAAAGGUUACUAGCGUUUCGACGAGAAACUUUUGGUUGACGUAAAAGUUAAAGCAAUGGAUAAUUUAAUGUGAUGUUCGAUGAUAUUGUCACUGUCUGUUGUAUGUAUAUACCUAUAUAAAUAUGUUACGAACGUCGCACAAUGUUACUCUCAUUUACGGUUGAAUAAAGUUUUCAUAUAAAUUCCAA